AUGUUUUAUGAAGACAUCAAGUUUUAUGAAGAUUAUGGCGCUGAGUGCGGGUCUCUCAAGUCACGAGACCAUUUAACUUUCGAUGAUUCCUAUGCCUCGGAUGAUGUCAAUAGUUCAGACUAUUGGUCACGCCUGCGCAAGGACUCAGAUGCCGACAAGUCCCAAGAUUACCAGAGUCCCCGUGACGUCCACCAUUCCCGCAAAUUUCACUAUUCUUCCGAUCUUCAUAAUUCGCCUGAAUCUGAAGACCACUCAUCACGACAUGGACUCUCCUGGCCAAGUUCGGCUUUGGUUUCAUCUUCGUCCUUCAGUAUCACACCAAUUAAGCAAUCUCCUGAAUACCCUUCGCAAUAUUCCUACUCCCACUCUGCUCCUUCUCACACGUCAUUAGUCCAAGUUAUUCCUCCGAAUCCUGACGACAAAGAUCAACGAUUUCUUUUCCGAUAUCCCAGUGACGAUUUCCUCAAAAACGAAUCCCGUUCUCGAUAUCCAAGUGUGGAAAGUACGAACCACCGAAGAGGGGAGAAUCCUAGAUACCAAGGAGAAGUCUCCUCAAGAUACGACCAUGGAGAAACUCCGAGAUACCAAUUCCCCAAUCAGCUUCAUUCGUCUGAAAUUUUCCCCAACGCUCGUCUCACGUACUCGCAGAUUUCUAAGCAUUACAAGCACGAUGACGAAACGAUCGCAGGCAGGAAGAUCUUCAAGAACCCGAGGAACGUCCCCUCUGAGCACUGCCCUCGGGACGAGGAGGAGGCGCGACGUUUGGGACGCACGUGUCUACGCAAGUGCAGCAGCGACAGCGACGGCUGCCUCAGCCGCCGCAAGAAAUGUUUGUGUGACGGCAUCUGCGGCAUGAGCUGCAUCAAGCCGGACAAGGAGUGUGGGGAUCUGGUGAACCCUCUCUUCGGCUUCGUGGAGAUCGGUGGGCGCGUGGUGGGCAGUCGAGCGACCUACAAGUGCCAAGAGGGAUACCACCUGAUCGGGCACGCAGAGCGCGUGUGUCAGGCAGACGGCACGUGGUCGGGGGCGCCCACGGAGUGUCGCGAGAACUGUGAGUGUCGUUCAGUUAUUACUCGCUAA